UCACACUCUGCGUUGGGGGUUGGCAGGCCGGCGACCACGGCAGAGGGUGCCACGGUGCUGUCUGGGCACUGAAGCGCAGAAGCCACUCUGGGCCCAGGAGGCGGCCUCCCCAUGCUCUGCUGAGCGCCCUGAAGAGGGUCCCCCUCCUGGAAGCCAGCAUCGGGGACCCUCCACACGGUGUCCCACCUGAGCCUCACUACGGCUCUUGGAGCCCAUUUUACAGGUACCAUGCCCCUGCACCUGCUCCUGCUGCUGACCCUGCUGGGCCCUGGCAGUGCCCUCCUCCAGCUGUGGGAGAUCACCCACAGAGCAGCUCCAGCCCCCCUGCCUGCCCGGGUACGGAGACAGGUGGCCCUGGAGGACGACUACGGUGACCAAGACUAUGUCACAGAGGGCACAGACCCUCCGGAAACACUGGAGAAUCACACAGGGACCGUGGCAGCAGGCCCCAAGGUUCUGACCACAAAGGGCACAUUGGAGCCGAGCGCUUCUGCGGGGCCUGGGACCCCCGGGCCAGCCACGGCAGAGGCCGCCACGGGACACUCUGCUGGCCUGGCUGCAGGGGGGACAGCCACGGAGGGGCCGAGCACAGAAGUGGCCACGCCAUGGGUGUCAGUCACAGGGCCGCUGGCCACAGAGCUGACCUCUGCCAUUGCUGCAUCUACAGAAGGGCCUGUACCCGUGGAGACAACAGCCACGGAGGGCCUGUCCACAGGGCCAGCAGCCACAGAGGCUGACACCACUCCGUCCGUGGCCACCAAGGCAGAGACCAUUGCUCCAGUGGCCACCGAGGCAGAGACCACCCAGCCUGCGACCACUGAGGCAGAGACCACUCCGCCAGUGGCCACGGAGGCAGCGAUCCUUCUGCCAGUGGCCACCGAGGCAGAGACCACUCCGCCAGUGGCCACCAAGGCAGCGAUCCCUCCGCCAGGGGCCACCGAGGCAGAGACCACUCCGCCUUCGGCCACUGAGGCUCGGUCUGUGCAGCCUGUGGUCACGGCAGUUGUGUCCACCGAGAAAUCCAUGGUGAAGUCCCUGUCCAGGGACACCAUCGCCACCACGGCCUUUCGUGUGACUUUCGAGGGUGCCAUGGCGACAACCAGCCACUUGCACAGUCGCGAGGUCGUCUUCCCUGGAGGCUCCGUGGACCCCAGCUCCACGGGCGCCUCGGACAUGAUCCCCGUGAAGCAGUGCCUGCUGGCCAUCCUGGUCCUGGCCCUGGUGGCCACCGUCUUCUUCGUGUGCACCGUGGUGCUGGCCGUCCGCCUCUCCCGCAAGACCCACACGUACCCCGUGCGCAGCUACUCGCCCACCGAGAUGGUCUGCAUCUCGGCCCUGCUGCCCGAGGGGGGCGAGGGCGCCCCGGCCACGGCCAACGGGGGCCUGCCCAAGAGCCAGGGCCUGAAGGCCGAGGCCCAGGAGGACCGCGACGGGGAUGACCUCACUCUGCACAGCUUCCUCCCCUAGCUCGAGGCCCUGGCCCGUCCACAGCUCUGGGCUUCCCGGGAGACCCUUGGGACUGGGGGUCUCUAGGGAAGGAACUCUGGCUGCCCCAGACAGGGCCCCAAACAGCCAAGGUCCUGGGGCCGCACAGGACUGGCCAGCCAACCAGGCAGCCACUUUGCCUGAGAGAUCGUGGCCCCUCCUGGUCCCCCAUCUGUCCCAAGGCCCCUUUUAUGCUUCCAUUCUUCCUUCCUCCAGCCCACCUGGGUCUCAUCCCCAUGUCCCCAAGGAAGACUGAGUGCCUGUGCCCCACUCCAUCACUAUAUUCUUUUUGUUUGGGGUACCGGGGAUUGACCUUGGGGGCACUCACCCACGGAGCCUCCUCCCCAGCCCUGGUUUGCAUUUUAUUUAGAGACAGGGUCUCACUGAGUUGCUCAGGGCCUCACCGUUGCUGAGGCUGGCUUUGAACUGGCGAUCCUCCUGCCUCAGCCUCCUGAGCCUCUGGGAUGACCGGCCUUGCGCCCGGCUCCCGUCUCUGUUUUCCUCUCGUUUCCAUGGUCACCAUGUAGAGGAGCAUUUUGGAGGGGUGCUGAAGAGCAUGGGGUUCCUGGGGCCAUCUCCACACCCUGAAGGGCUGUGUGGGUGGUCUUGGGUGUGUUUCUGGGAAACCCAGGUGAGGCCUCAGCCUGUGGGUGCUGGGGUGGGGUGGGGGGGCUGUGUGCACCCAUGAGUUUCCAUCUGGUGACAGAGGAAGCCCAUUCUGCCCCUCUCUCCCUCCCCUGUGGCCGUGUUCCAGGGUGGCUCUGUCUCCUUCGCUGCAGUGUCCCCCCUCGCCCAGCCCUGGACCUGGCCACACACAGGCACUCAAUAAACAUGAUGAACAGAC